AUGGCGCCAUCUCUGGUAGAGCCCGUCCUCACCCCGACUACGCACUUCACCGUGACUGCACCCAAGAAGGACCUCGCUGGAGACAACAAGUUCGGCUACCAGCCCGGCCGGACACCAGUCACUCAACACGACAACUAUGCAUACGAAGACUUCCUACCCACAUUCCCAGACAUCCAUUGGCCUGCUCUAGAGGAAACACCCUACGAAGACAAGGGUCUCCGAGGAGACCCCAAAUUCCGCAACCUCCUCCGAGACGCCACUGGAGUCUUCGACUACAACCCCAAAAUCGGCACGGAGAUCCAAGGUGUGGACCUCUCGACACUAGACAACGCUCAACGAGACGACCUAGCCCGCCUAAUCGCCUACAGAGGCGUCGUCUUCUUCCGCAACCAAAAGAACUUCGACAUAAACGCCCAGCGCGAUCUAGGCCGCUACCUGGGAAAACUGCACAAGCACGCCACAACCUCCGUCCCACGCAAACCAGGCCUGGAAGACGUGCACGUCGUCUACACAGGUGACAACUCAGGCGACAACCGCGCCCUCUUCACGCCUAGCUUCCUCUGGCACUCAGACGUCACUUACGAACUCCAACCACCAUCCUAUACAUCCCUUAAACUUCUCACCGGCCCACCACGCGGUGGAGGUGGCGAUACACUCUGGUCAAGCCAAUACGCAGCCUACGACGUCCUCUCCAGCCACAUGCAAACAUACCUCAAGGGCCUGACAGCCCUACACUCAGCGAACAUGCAAGCGAAUGACUCCAGGGCCCUCGGCCGCCCUGUUCGUCGGGAUCCAGUGACAACAGAACACCCUCUCAUCCGCACGAACCCUGUCACAGGCUGGAAUGGACUGUUCUUUAACCCCGGUUUCGUGACCAAGAUCAUUGGCAUCCCGACUGCGGAGAGUGAUGCGAUUAUUCGCUACUUGACCGAUGUCAUUGCCACGACGCAGGAAAUGCAUGCCCGCUUCUCGUGGGGCGAGGAUGACGUUGCGCUUUGGGAUAAUCGGUCCACAAAUCAUAGUGCUUCUUAUGGCUUUACGCCUCAUCGUCGCCAUGCUGUUCGUGUUGCUUGCCAUGCUGAGAGGCCUGUUUUGGAGGCUGGGGGAAAGUCUCAGGAGGAGGAGUUGAAUGCGCUUUAUGGAUUGCCUGCUGUUAAUAAGGAUGGGUCGAGACAGUCGAAUUAUAAUGAUUAA